UCCUCCCUAAACAUCUGUUACCGAUGUUUGAAGAACCUCUCCACCUCUAAAAGCUCGCAAUCGCGGAAAAAUUCGGAAAGCAAGGCGGAAAAAAACAUUCGAUACGCGAUUGCCAAAGGCGGAAGAGGAUUACGUCGGCGACCUUGUCUACCUGUUUGCCAUUACAUAACCGAGAAACAACCUCAAGAUGACCAGUAAAGUGCUGCGAAAGGUGACGCACUGCAUCUUCGACAUGGACGGAUUGCUGCUGGACACGGAGCGGAUAUACGAGGAGGUCACCCGGCAAAUAGCCGCCUCCUUCGGCCGUCCGUAUCCGGUGGACGUGCGAUUCCGGGUCAUGGGCACCACGGAGCAGCGCUCGGCGGAGAUAGCCAUCACCGAGUGCCAGCUGCCCAUCACGACAACAGACUUCCUCAAGCGGUACACGCAAAUGUGCCACGAGCGGCUUCACAACGUUCCCCUGCUGGAAGGUGCUGAGCGCCUGCUGCGUCAUCUGCAUGCCAACAAGGUGCCCUUUUGCCUGGCCACCAGCUCCGGCGCCGACAUGGUCGAGCUGAAGAGCAACCAGCACCGGGAACUGUUCAGCCUGUUCAACCACAAGGUGUGUGGCUCCACGGACAAGGAGGUGGCUAACGGCAAGCCGGCACCGGACAUUUUCCUGGUGGCCGCCUCCAGAUUCGCUGUGCCGCCCAAAGCCUCCGACUGUUUGGUAUUCGAGGAUUCGCCGAAUGGCGUAACGGCGGGCAAUAGCGCUGGAAUGCAGGUGGUCAUGGUGCCGGAUCCGCGGCUGUCGCAGGAGAAGACCUCCCACGCCACCCAGGUACUGGGUUCCCUGGCGGAUUUCAAACCGGAGCUGUUCGGUCUGCCCCCCUUCAAGGAUUGAGCUUAAGAGCUGAUUUUAUAUGCUAUUGCUAUAACUGGAAAUUAACGUACCUACCAAGCGAAAGAUUUUAAGUGUAAUGUGUUACUUAAUAUACACGUAAUUGUGAAUAUA